CUCUCCGGCGGCGCCACCAUCCCGAUCUUCCUCGAGGGCUCCUCCUUCCCCGGCGGAUUCAUCUCCUAUGCCGCCCCCGGCGCCGGCGGGGUCAGCCUCGUCGACUACUUCAUGGGAUCCGGCCUCAAGCAGCUCAUCCAGCAGCUCGCGGAGAACGACCGCAGCCGCUACAACACCCUGCCCGCCGCCAAGGCUGCGGUUGCCGCCCUCCCUGAUGUCGCCUCGAUGGGGGCGCCCAACGCCUCCUCCCUGUCUGCCGCCAUCUAUGUCCACCAGUGCCAGGCAGCUACCGCUGCGGCGGCGGCACCUGCGGCCCCAGGUGGCGGCCCUUCGCCUAGGGUCAUGGUGAGGAGGUUCAGGAUCUCGCUGCCGUGGCCUCUCAGGGCCGCUUUUGGAGCUCAGCAGGCGGAGAGCAGCGACCAGGACGCUACUGGCUAUGGCGACUACAAAAACGAUGGGAAUGCGAGCGGCCGCUCGUAUGAUGAUCUCGACUAAGGCACUUGAAAGGAUG